AUGGGCACAACAAACUGUCCUGAUGGAUGCCAAACACCCUUCUUCCUUCCACAUGAAACAUGUCGCAAAUAUUGGCAAUGUCACAACGGUAUAUCUUAUGAAUUCAGCUGUAUGGAGAACCUCGAAUGGAACCCUAAAUUAGAGUUUUGCGAUUAUAAAGGUUCUUCUGGGUGCAAACUCGAAGGAUUUGAAGGAAUGUCUCUAGAUUGUCCAAAAGAAAAGCCAUCAAGGGUACCACUGGCAGCAAUUCUAGGUUUCAUCCCACUCAGGAUCAAUACUUCGUAGCCACAGAAAUGGGAUGGAGAACGUUUUGGCUAGUUACUCAAUUUCCAACUUAUUCCAACAUGCCCUUCGAUCACUUUUGGAUUCAUCAUUGAAAAAAUUGAUGUCCUUUGUCAAAUCUGUUGAUAGUUUUCUUCAAUUCCUGAUGAUUGAUGGAAAUGAAAUUCUGUCGAGAAGGUUUCUUCAUUGAUUGAUUGAUAAUUGAUAUUUGGAUUAUUUAAAAAUACUUAUGUAGUGUGGAUAUUGGUUUUACCAAAAACAAAAUACCUCGCAAAAUACCAAAGAUAAUUUUUGUAAAAUAUUGUUGAAUAAAUUUUCUGUUAUUUUUCAUUUACCUACAAUAAUAAAAAUCCCAUCAAGCUAUAUAUGAAAUGUUUAAUUUUA